AUGGUCCAUUUCCACAGGACCCGUUGGUCAGGUGGGUGUCCUCCAAGGGGCAUCUCCGAGUCUCUGCAGCCCGGGACCCCGCUGCAGCCUCCACUAGAGAGACGCCCUCGUGUUCCCUGGUUUCCCUCCCUCCGGUCACCGUCUCUCAUCUCCACGUACACCACCCUCUCAGUGAUAGGAUCUGGUUACUGGUCUCUCAUGGAGAAGCGAGCUCCAGGCAGGUGGGGACUGAUGUGGGCCACUGUCUUCUCUAGCCUGAGCUUCCAGGCUUGCCUGGCCCUUGAAACAGUUUUGCUGAAAAGAUGA